AUGGGCCUACCCCUUCACCAUCCCACUGCUUCCGAACCUGCUGCCUCGACGCAGGCGCAGGCGCAGGCGCAGGCGCCCGAGCCCGAGCCCGAGCCCGAGCCCGAGCCCGAGCCCGAGCCCCAGGCCCAGCAGCAUCCCGUGCCGGGCGGUGACGACGCCGCGCGCUCGGGGCGCUUGACCAAGGAGGAAGCGGAUAGGCUGUACGAGGAGGCCAUGGAGGAGGAGUACGCCAAGAGGGAGGGCGGCUGCUGA